AUGACUGAGAAAUUGUUAGAUCAACCCAUGCGUUAUCCCCAGUAUGCUCGGCUCUCAAAGAGAGAAGCUACUUUUGAGCAGGGAUGGCCAGAACCUCUCUUAGGAAAAAUACCAGACCUAGCUCGAGCCGGGCUUUACUACAGGGGAGUGAAAGAUAGCGCUACCUGUUUUCAUUGUGGAUUUACUUUUUCUAAUUGGGAUCCCGAGGACGAUCCUUGUGUAGAACAUGCUUAUUGGAACCCCAAUUGUUCUUACAUCAAUCUGUAUAAGGGACGAGGGUGGGUGAUGAAUGUGUUUAUUACGUGUUUAGAACAACAGGGAUAUAAACCUUUACCUGAGAUCAAACCUCUACUGAACCCACAACCAGACGUCCAGGCUCGAGGAAAAUUUUUGCCCCAUCUGUCGAGGCGAGAUUCAACAGUCCAAACGCCUAUUUCUGUGUUAACUAUAAAUAAAGGACAGAAGCCAAAUUUGGGGUUUUCUAUUGUUAAGCAAGCUCCUCACACCUAA